AUAGAACUAUAUGGAAGAUAGGUAGAAAUAAGAUUGCUGUAGAGUUAUAAUUAUAAUACUCUAGACACUAAGGAAGUAUGGAAUUAAAUUGGUGGGAGUAUCUUUAUAUAGCACUGAGUGCAUUCGUCGGCUGUUUAGUUUUAAAUUAUUUUGUGAAAAUGAUUAACGAAACACGAAUCGAAGAAAGAUUGAUCCGACUACAGCAGAAACAUUCAACAAAUCGAUCGACACAAGUAGAAGAACCGUUUCCAUUGGAACAAAUAUUAUUAGAAGACAAACCGCAUAUUAGCUCGACUGACUCAAGAAACGAACUUCUAGAUAACCAGAACGACGACGAUAUUAAGAAGAUGAUGACUGAUCUUAUUGAAGAUAUUUUAAAAAAUCUGAAUUAAUAGGUUCAUAUAUAUUCUUAAUUACACUUUACUAUAACCAUGACUUAUAAGCUUAAGAGCUAUUGUAAGAAUGUAACUAU